AUGUUCAACAAUACCAGUGGUGUUACGGCCACCUCGAUUCAGAGACAUGUAAACAACAUCACUAAAGGACUGACGCCAAGGAUCAAGCAGCUGGCAUCUCUAGACGUACUGAUGCCAAAGGAUACAGAGAUGGAUACGGGUGUGGAAUUGCGGACUGAAGGAACUGACAUCCUCUACGCAAGGCCAGACCAUGACAUCAAGAUACUCAAAGACAAAGGGGAGACCACCCGCGCACUACUAGUACCGAAAUUGCAGCUACCGACAAAGGACAAGGAGACUACCUUUUACAGCCCGCGGGAAGACGGACCGUACGAGGAGACCAGGGAAACUUUCAUGACCACACUGGAGACAUCACCACCCACACCAGGCUUCGGCAAGGACAGGCACCACCCUCAAACGGAUAACAUGAAACUGCGACUGGAUACUAUACAGGAAGUGGAACUAGUUCAACUGGCUUGCCCGUACUGCGGGAUAGUCAAAACCACUAAACAAGCGAUACGAGCGCACUACACUACAGCCCAUCAAGGCUUAUACCGACCUCCUGCUGACGACCCGUGCUACUGCGUGGGCUGUCGAAGGGUAAUGACAAAACCGUACUACAGAGACCACCGCUGCCGGAAUUCAAAACAGGCAGAAUUUGAACGUGCAAGCUGUGUUGGAUGUGGGGUUGAGUACUCCAAUCCACAGUUGUCGGCCCAUCUCAUCCACUGUGUUAAGUACGAGGGCCAGCUAACACCACAGAAGCAGAACACUGGAGCCUUCGAAUUUGCCAAACGACUUAGAGAGAUGCUGAGACCGUCACUAACGAGACCGAAAGCAGCGCCAGAACUACCCACCACUACGGCCGACCCGACACUAAUGCGCGCAAAAAGCAGCUUAAGACCACAUACACCACGAGGCAUGCAGACCUCUAGCGGAGUACAACCACCAACGGUACAAGGCAAGGACCGAACUAACGAGGUAGAGACAAUGAGACGGCAGACGGAAGCGGCGAUCAGGCGAGAACAGUCGAGAUGCGACACCUGUAACAAGGAAUUAAAAUCCUCACAAGCGCUCAGGCGGCAUGAAGCCCUCUACCAUCCAAAUACCGAGCGACCGAAGGGACUACCGGUAUACUGCAUUGGAUGCAACACGACCUUUAAGACAGCAGCCACCUACGUUAAGCACAAAUGCUUAGGAACCCUCGACCAAGAGCUAGCGAAAAAGCAAUGCCCUUUAUGCGACGCCGAUCCUAUAAGCAACCCAGACUACUCUGUACAUAUGCUAAAACACCAAAUCAUCGAGACGGAUGGAAGAACCACGCCCAGAGAUCUAUAUGAUCCACAAUAG